CGGGCUUCCCCGUCAAGCGGCGUGCGUUCUCCUCAGCGGUCUCUAAAGGCCUGACAACAUUUAGAUUAAUCAUAAAAAAAAUAAAAAAACUUGGUGCAAUUCUGGUGAUAUCCAAUGCUUACCUCAAACAAUGAUCGCAUGCUUUAUACUGAUAAGCCGCAUUCCAGGAAAACUGGCAAGACACCAAGGGGUCCUCUUCGAAUAUGAUAGAACCGCUUUUAAAGCACUUUUUUGAAAAUAAUCCUUUACCCUGAAAACACAUGCAAUUUAUAAGAAAUUUUGGGUAACAAAUUAAGAAAAAAAUACUUUCGAGUUGUCGACAAUGCGAACUUCCACGUCCAUUGCGACUUAAAUUCUUCCGGGAAACAUGUGUGAUUCUAAAAAGUGAGAUAAUGGAUAAGUGUGGUAAAAACUCACUAAAAUUGUGUUUUUGGUCUUUGUAAUGAGUGUGAAAAAAGUGUUUGUAACUGUUGGGACCACAAAAUUUGAUAAACUCAUUGAAGAAAUAUCCAAAGAUGAAUUACUGGAUAUUUUACAUUCUUUAGGGUACAGUUUUGUUCAAUUUCAAGUGGGUACAGGAAAUUUGAACAAAAAAAAUCACCCAAAGAUUCGCCUCAAGUAUGAUCGAUAUUUUGAGAAUUUUGCCCAAGAAGUUGAAUCUUCGGAUUUAAUUAUAAGUCAUGCAGGUGCAGGGACAUGUCUUGAAGUUUUAAAGAAACAAAAACCUUUAAUUGUUGUAAUAAAUGAAGAUUUAAUGGACAACCACCAAACUGAAUUGGCCAAACAACUGGCCAAUGAUGGGUAUUUGAAGUGGUGUACACCAAAUACCCUUAAAGACACUCUUUUGGAGAGAAAGUUUUUACAAUUUAAAGUUUACCCAAAACCAAAUUCACGUUUAUUUAGUCAGUAUUUGGAUAAAUGUAUGGGUUUUGAAAUAAGUAAAUAAAUGUAAUAAAGAAAUGUUUAAUAAAUUACACAACUUUA